AUGGAUAUCUCUCCAGAAUGCCAUCCCGCUACCACCGCAGCAGAAGCUCCUCACGUCCAAAGAUGUUUCUGCAAGACAUGUGCUACCUGCAUGUCUGAGCUCGAUCUAAAAGAGGCGCAAGCCAGUCGUCCUCCGAUCGCCAUAGUGGGAAUGGGGAUGAGGUUGCCAGGAGGAAUCCGUUCAGCGACAGACUUCUGGGACAUGCUCGUCGAGAAGAAAACAGGCCACAGCGAGGUUCCCGAAAGUCGAUACAAUGCAAAGUCAUUCUGUGAUCCCAAAAACCCGAGACAGAUUCGCACCCGUCAUGGCUACUAUCUUCAGGAAGACUCAGCCUAUUUUGAUGCAAACUUUUUCUCGAUAAGUUCUGCGGAAGCAUCAACGACGGAUCCGCAACUGCGUCUCUUACUCGAGGUAGUAUGGGAGUGUCUAGAAGAUGCGGGAGAAACAGACUGGCGUGGUAAAAGAAUAGGAUGCUACGUUGGCACUUUUGGGGAGGACUGGCUCACCCUUUCCACGAAAGAAUACCAGCAUAUCGAUCGCUAUUAUGUCCUAAGUACGGGCGCGUUUGCUUUAUCUAACCGUAUUUCGCACUUAUAUGACUUCAAGGGGCCUAGCAUGACGAUCCAAACUGGUUGCUCUGCCUCCCUUGUCGGGUUACAUGAAGCUUGUCAAGCCCUUUAUCUUGGAGAAUGUAGCUCCGCGGUUGUAGCGGGAACAAAUCUCAUCUUGAGCCCCAAUAUUACCAAGUGCGCAUCGGCUAAUAUGGUCCUAUCAGAAAGUGGUACCUGCCGAACCUUCGACGAAAGCGCCGAUGGGUAUGGGCGCGGAGAAGCAAUCAAUGCAAUAUACAUCAAACGCUUGGAUGAUGCUAUUCGCAAUAAUGAUGCUAUCCGUGGAAUAAUUCGGGGUACUGCGUCCAACAGUGAUGGAUGGAAGCCAACAAUUUCUGCUCCUGAAGUACUCUCUCAAGAGCGUCUGAUCCGUGCGGCAUAUCGCAAUGCCAACAUUAACGAUAUAUCCAAGACAACGUAUUUUGAAUGCCAUGGGACUGGGACAGUCAUUGGUGAUUCUGUAGAGUUAUCUGCUAUCGCCAGUGUGACAGAGGGGGGCUCAGCAUUUAUUGGAUCGGCCAAACCCAACGUUGGUCAUUCAGAGGGAUCUUCAGGGAUUACCAGUGUGAUCAAAGCGGUCUUGAGCCUUGAGCGUCAAGUUAUCCCACCCGUUGCUUUAUUUGAGACUCCCAGGCCGGGUGGCCCAUUGACCGAAGGACAACUGACCGUCCCAACCGAUGCGAAGCCAUGGCCGGCCAACCGACUUGGAAGGGCCAGUGUAAAUGGAUUUGGCAUUGGUGGAUCUAACGCACAUGUCAUAAUAGACCGUGGCAAUGGCGUUGUUGGGUCAACCAAUUCCACCUUCCCUGCAGACUCUCAGUUAAUCGUGACUUCCGCAAGCAGUGUCCCUAGCCUCAAGAAGAGGAUCCGGCAGAUUACACAAUACAUUAACAACCACCCUUCACGUCUGGGUGAUAUGUCUUAUACGUUAGGUAGCCGACGACAUCAUUUGAAUGUUCGUGCCUUUGCGGUUGUAGACCCUGGCAUGCCACUCGACGACACGGUCUUUCAGUUUAACGAAGCAACAAAUCACACCGAACUUGUAUUUGCUUUCACAGGCCAAGGUGCACAAUGGCCAGGGAUGGGAAUAGCCCUCCUAGAGUACUUUGAAUGUUUUAGAAGAGAUGUUGAGGAGAUGGAACUAGCACUGAAGGGACUGGACCACCCUCCUCAGUGGUCAUUGAAAGAUGAAUUGAAUAAAAGCAUGGACAAAUCUCGAGUCAUGGAACCCGAGUUCUCCCAGCCCUUGUGUACUGCUAUGCAGAUCGGUUUGGUCAACAUCUUCGCUCAAUGGGGUAUCAAGCCGACAGCUGUGCUUGGCCACUCGAGUGGUGAGAUAGCUGCCGCGUAUGCAGCACAGGCUAUUUCUGCUACUGAUGCUAUUGUGAUUGCGUACUAUCGUGGUAAGUUCGCGAGCUCGAAGGAAGGACUAGGAGGAAUGGUAGCCGUCAAUACGAGUCGAGGUAUGGUGCAUCCCUUCCUACGUGAAGGUGUAACUAUUGGCUGCCAAAACAGCCCUCAAAGUGUCACUUUAUCAGGUGAUAAGGACCAGAUCGAUCGCACAGUGGAAGAUAUAGAGAAGAACAUGCCCGGGGUCUGUCGUCGUCUCAGGGUAAAUGUCGCCUAUCAUUCACAUCAUAUGCAGGAUAUCGGACCUUCGUAUGAGACAUCCAUACAGAAACAUGCCGGACGGGGCGAACGAAUGCUCCCCAUGCAUUCCAGUGUCACAGGCAAGAGUAUUUUGUGUCCCCAAGAAUUAGGCGCCAGCUACUGGCGCCGGAACCUCGAAUCACCUGUCUUGUUCUCAGACGCAGUACGAUGUUGUCUUGGGUCGAACUCCAAUAAGCGCUUGGCAUUUGUUGAGAUAGGCCCACACUCUGCACUGGCUGCUCCUCUACAACAAACAUUUAGUGCUUCAAAUGGGCAAGUACCUUGUACGUAUAUCUCGACGAUCAAGCGCCUUGACAAUGGGUUCAGAAAGCAGCUUUUAGCUGCAGCGGGCCAGAUACAUAUUAAUGGUGGCUCUGUCGACCUUCCAAACAUCGUUCCUUCAGGUAGGAUAUUGACCGACCUUCCGCCAUAUCCAUGGCAACACGACCAGAAGUUCUGGGAAGAGAGCCGCACAAGUCGAGACUGGAGGUUUCAGUUGGCCCCUCACCAUGAACUUCUUGGUUCUCGCAUAACCGAUUCAACGGAUACUGCUCCUUCAUGGAAAAAUUUACUUAGCGUUGGAGGUGUCCCUUGGCUUUCUGACCAUGUGGUGCAGGAAGAGAUAGUUUACCCCGGCGCCGCUUAUAUUGCGAUGGCUGGGGCCGCAGUUCUGCAGCUGCAUUCAGAGUCUGACAGCUACACAAUUCGGGAUCUUCUCAUAAUGGAGCCCUUAUUGCUGGACGAAAGAAGUCCGACAGAAGUUAUCACCAGUUUCCAGCCUGCAGAAAUUGCUGACAACGUCUAUUCGGACUAUUAUAGCUUUUCUAUCAUGAGCUAUCAAGGGUCAGCUUGGGUAAAGCAUUGUCGAGGCCGUGUGCGUCCAAGCUACGAAAUACCUCCUAGGAAACAGCCUGUCGUAUCCUACGGCUUGUCGUGCACUUCCGACGAAUGGUACGAAGCGACCAAAGCUUGCGGUAUCACCUACGGGAAAAGCUUCCGAGGGCUGAAAGAUAUCACAGUGGACCCCAAGGGAGGAGGACGGGCCAGUGCUAUUGCUAACAGUUCAUCGGGCCUAGACCAUCAUGCGUACAAUAUCCAUCCGGCUUCUAUCGACCAGGGCUUACAGGUAAUAAUGGCGGGUAUUCUCUUCAAUGCUCUCGACGGCAUUGAGCGCUCAAUUGUCCCUGUCAGUCUCGACAGAAUAUACGUCAAACAAGGCGGGCCCCUUAUGACUAUUAGUACGAGCGUUAAAAGCCAUACUCAGAGUAGUUACUACGGAAAUGCCAUUGGCCUCGUGGAUGAUCAUGUUGUCUUAGAGAUUGAAGGUGCUUUAUUUGGUGCACUUGACAAUGGGAACAGACUCACAUCUGCAAAUACUAACUUGCUGACCCGAAUCGUGUGGAGGCCGGACUUUGACCUACUGUCAAAAGACAACUUUCUUACUCUACAGUCCUUUCCUGAAAGCAUGGACUUGAUUGCUCAGGCGCUGGGGCACUUGUUCAUUCUGUGUCCUCUGGAAGCUGCUAAGCGUCUGGAAGCUGUAACCACUGAGGUGAUACAUCUAAAUAAAUGGAAAGCCCAAAUUUAUGAGAAAGCCUCAUCGUGCCACCAAAGAGAUGAGAGGUUGACUUCUAUGCUUGAGAGAAACGGGGUACGCACCCAAAGCCUAUUCAACAUGACAAGCGAGCAACAGCAAGUGACUAAAGAUGCCUGUAUGGGUGUCAUGAGGGCCAGUGGUUCCGGUUGGGCUUCAGGCGUGGCUGAUUGCACGAGCAUCAUUGUGGAUAAUUGUUUGGAGAUAAUGUGUGGAGAUGUGUCACCAUUAGAAUUGCUGAUGAAAGAUGGUCUUCUCGAGAGGUUGUAUGAGGAACCACUUGGCUGCGUCAACUGCAGUGCUUUCUUUGCCCAUAUGACCCAUUCUAAUCCAAAUCUUCGCAUCUUAGAGAUUGGAGCAGGGACAGGAAGCUGCACAAAAGUCGUCCUUCGUCACCUGAAAUCCCAAGCCGGAGUACGUCGUUAUAAAUCAUAUACGUUUACCGAUAUAUCGCCAGCAUUCACCCAGGCUGCUGUGGAGAAAUUUUUAGGACAAGAAAACCUCGAGUACCGCGUCCUUGACAUCAGUAAGGACCCAAUAAAGCAAGGGUUCGAGCCUGACUCAUAUGAUCUUAUUAUUGCUUCGAACGUUCUCCAUGCAACUCCUUCAAUCCAAGAGACCCUACAGAAUGUUAGGACCUUGCUAUCCACACGAGGCCAGCUGUUUCUUGUGGAACUUGAUCUAGUUUUACCUGGUUGGUGGCUUGGUGAGAGCGAUAGUAGACCCUUCAGGCCUUAUAUCUCCGUUGAGAGGUGGGACCGCGAGUUGAAAGCCACUGGAUUCAGUGGCGUAGAUAUUGUUCGCCACGAUCGCCCUGGCUUACUUCAAACCAAUGCUAUCAUGAUCUCCACAGCUCUCAAGGAAGAACCGUCUUUCCAACCCGAUGAUGUGACUCUCCUCCUCUCACAAGACCCGGGCCACUGGGAAAAGGACGUGCAGAGACAACUUACCCAGAGGGGUCAUCUUACACAGUGGGCUAAAGUUAACGACCCGGUUCCACAGAAUCCAAUCAUUAUCUCGUUUCUGGAUAUGAACAGUUCUUUCCUUCACAGCAUGUCUGAGCGAAGGUUCGUCGAGCUCAAAGGGUUUCUACAAGGCAGUUCAGCCAUUACUUCAUCCCAAUGCAUCUGGAUUACGCCAGCCACUCAGCUCCAAUGUGCUAAUCCUUCUUAUGGUCUGAUCUGGGGACUCGCCCGCACUUUGCGGCAGGAGAUGGAGCUGGAUCUUUCAAUAGUUGAAGUUGAUAGUUUCGACGAGGUAUCUUCAAAUCUUGUCGUUGAAAUCAUACACAAAAUUCGACGUCGAAGGAGAGUCAAACGCGAAUUGUUGGACUAUGAAUUUUCCAUUCACAAUGGUAUAGUCCAUACACCGAGAUGUACAUGGGAAUCGUUGCCUCGGUUUAUCUCAAAGCCAAUUGGGCAACACUCAGCCUUCAGAUUAGAUGUGUCUUCUAACAGAAAAUUACAAUGGAUUGCGGCAGAUACAGAACCUCUGGGAGAGGGUGAGGUCGAAGUUGAAAUAGUAUUCGUGGGAUUGAACUUCAGGGACUUGAUGGUAGCCCAGGGGGUUCUCGGAGCUAAAGAGGAGCUGGGCUUGGAAGCGAGCGGUGUUAUACGCCGAGUAGGGUCGAACGUUAGCAACGUAAAAGUUGACGAUAAAGUCCUGGUAUUGGGUUUUGGGCUACUUCGAAGUUCAGCGGUUAUCCCUGCUGAACUAUGCCUAAGAUUUCCCGAUAGUCUUUCAUUAGAAGAGGCAUCAACUAUGCUAACUGCGUAUCUGACCGUUAUUUAUUCUCUUCUGCAUCGCGCUGUGCUUGAUCGAGGUAAUUCUAUCCUCAUCCACUCUGCUUGUGGUGGGGUGGGAAUAGCGGCAAUACAACUGUGCCAGAGCAUCGGAGCCCAGGUAAAAGUCCUAUCGAGGGAAGGUAGUAAGCUUCUAAUGGCCAACUUGAUGCAUGAGACGAACGGUGGAGGGGUUGAUGUAGUCCUCAAUUCGCUUGCCGGUAAACUGCUUCACGCAUCCUGGGACUGUGUUGCUGAGUUUGGUCAGAUGGUUGAGCUAGGGAAACGGGACUUUCUAACCCAUGGGACUCUCUCCAUGUCUCCUUUUUUAAAGAAUCGCUCAUUUAUCGCGAUCGACCUUGUGGAGUUAACCAAGAAAAGACCAUCACUGACUGCAAGGUUUGUGACUGACAACUAUCGCGCUCCUCGUCGCACUGAACUAAUCCUACGAGACAGAUUGAUACGUCAGUUAGUUGAGCUCUAUAAAGCAGGCAAAAUCAGACCAAUCCUCCCAGUGAAAACUUUCCACGCCCAGGAGGUUCAAGAGGCCUUUCGAUACAUGCAGGCUGGUCUUCACAAGGGGAAGGUCAUUAUUCGUAUGCCCGAGUCGUCAUCUGAACUUCAUGUAACGUCAAACCAGUGUAGUAUUACCUUCCGCUCUGAUGUCUCUUACAUUAUAGUUGGAGGACUUGGCGAUGUCGGCCGUGUUCUUGCUCAGUGGUUGGUAAAACAAGGCGCUCGAGAGCUCGUAAUCCUGACGCGGUCCCCUGGGCGCAUAGAAAGAGAGAGCUCAUUUAUCAAGGAGCUCGAGGCCCAGGAUUGCCAAAUCAUCACCGUCGCUGGAGAUGUGGCGAAUUUAGCGGACGUGAAGACAGCUGUGUCUAGUUGCACCAAGCCUCUUGCUGGUGUGAUCAACCUGGCUCUCUCCCUAUAUGAUCGUACCUUCCUACAGAUGUCCCAUGCUGAAUGGACGUCGGCACUCGCAGCCAAGGUAUCGGGGACGUGGAAUCUCCAUCAGGCCGUACAAGGCCAGCCGCUAGACUUCUUCCUUGUUUUGAGCUCCUUGACCGGCAUCACCGGUAACGUUGGUCAGGCUAACUACGCUGCUGCUUGCACGUACCUAGAUGCUUUUACUCAGUAUCGUCGACAAAUGGGCCUUCCCUCCUCAGUGGUUGACCUUGGCGCCGUUGCGGGUUCAGCAGCGAUCCAAGACCAAAAUAUCUCUCGUCGAAUGGACACAGUGGGAUUCGCUCGAUUAAGUAAACAACAAGUCAUCGCCAGCAUACAGCUCGGCAUAUUUGAGUCUCAGGCACAGAACACAGCCGGGCUCCAUUAUUCGAGUGAGCUGAUGGCUGGCCUCCAGGCUUCUAGUGAGACGGAGAUGUUGGAAGAUAUUGUAUUUGGCCGGGAUGCAAGGUUUUCAAUGCAUCGGACUCCAGCCGUUGGUGCACAGAACCGAAAGACUAACAACCAGCUCAAGCUACUCUUUGAUAGGAUUGAUAAAGACCACCGCCUUCUUAGCGACCCGGAGAUGGAAACCGCAUUAGUCUUAGAGCUAGCAAAAUUGAUCAAUCAUCAUACUUCCCAGGUAUCCGAAAUGGGCCUGGGGCAAGCAAAGGCCGUGACUGUUGAUUCCUUAAUGGCCAUUGAGGUGAAGUCCUGGCUUAAUCGGCAACUUGGAGUACAGUUGACCGUGGAGGAGAUAUCGAAAGUGAACACGGUGGGAGCUUUGGCGCAACUCACUAUGAAACGUGCGAUAGCAAAGUACCAAGGUGGUGAAGAUGGCGUUGAUCCCACCAAAGAAAGCUGA